GCACAUUUCAAAUGUCACCUCAGUGCAGGACAGGUUUCCGUAUGGUCAGUGCAUCGUUCACCAACGACAGAACUUCUUUGGCAAGAGAUACAGGAUGGCACAGAGUUUUUGUACCAGCCUCUGAUACAUAUUUGAAAUGUUUAGGCAACAGUUGAGUUUUACGCAACUAGUGGAUUUCAAAAGCAUCAGAUCAAUUUAAAAACGAGACUGUAAUGUCAGUAAACAACGGGAGCGGAUGAACUGCGGAUAAGACCAGGGAGUUUCUGGAUUAGACCUGCACUGAAUGAUUCAUUUCAGAACUUGCACAGCUUCAACCUCUGAAUGUGUGAUUUGGACAAUCCUUGGAUUUGACUCAUAUCUCGUUUAUCAUGACUGAAUGAAAUCUGAUGGAGUGAUGGAUUACUUCCCAAAUCACUGCUAAUUGUUUAAUGCGUGCUUAAUCCCAUAAGGAGACCCCCAAAACGGCCAGUUUAUUGGGCGCAUGCUGUUUUGAUAGGAACUGGCACACAAAGCUGCAUCUUGCCGGUAUGGUGCGCCUGCUGAAUUGCCUCUUGCUGGGGUAUUUGACGUGGAUUCUGCGGAUAUCUGAUGCCCGGGGAGAGUACUGCCACGGGUGGUUGGACACCAGUGGGAAUUACCACGAGGGCUUUCAGUGUCCGGAAGAUUUUGACACGAUGGACGCGACUGUGUGCUGCGGGACCUGCUCAUUGCGCUACUGCUGCGCCGCCGCGGACGCGCGUCUCGACCAGGGAACCUGCACGAAUGACAGACAAGAGGAGAAUAACACGCAAUAUGCUGCCCAGCCCAUCUACGUUCCCUUCCUGAUGGUGGGCUCCAUCUUUGUGGCGUUUGUCAUUGUGGGCUCUCUGGUGGCUGUGUAUUGCUGCACCUGCCUGCGCCCCAAACAGCCAACUCAGCAGCCAAUCCGCUUCUCGCUCCGUAGUCAGGGCGAGAUAAUUCCCAUGAUCCUCACCACGGCUCCGCCCAGCCUGCGGACACCAUCGCGGCAGUCCAGCACGGCCACCACCAGCUCCAGUUCAGCAGGAGGGGGGAGCUCGGUCCGUCGCUUCUCCCUGGGCCGGAGUGACGCACUUGGGCCGUGUUCUCAACAGCAGCUCCUAAUGGUCUCAUCCUCCUCAGCAUCUACUCCUGUAUCCGUGGCCCCACCUCAACCCCUUCUGCCCCCACCACCCUACACCUCCCAACAGGGCUUACAGGGCAGUAACUCUCUGCAACACCCACACAGCCAACACCCACAUCUCCAACACCAGACCCUUCUGCCGGCACAAAGCUCCGGGUUCCUUCUGCCUCAGCAGUACUUCUUUCCAUUGCAGCAAGAACCCUUCUCCGGAAGCAAGGGCUUUGCUGAUUUCAGCCAAAGCUGAACUGGGGUUUGCUGGCUGCUGGGAAAUGCUUAAAAGGACAGACACCAAAGGCUCAGACAUUCACAAUGGUGUUGUUGUAGACUCAUAUUAAAGGUGCUUCCAUUCAAUCACUGCAUUGGAAGACAAUGGGCACUGAUAUGUCUUUCAGCCAGCAAGAUUGGCACUUGUGAGACAGUUUAUGGACUUUAUGAGUAGCAGUGUGGAUGCUUGCUGGCUGUGAGAUAGCUGAAUGUGAGGUGUGGCUUUAUAGUAAAGCAGUAAAUGAACUUGACUGGAAUCUGCAGAUGCUCAAGCAUGAAAUACAAGAUGCCAGAACAUGGUUGCCUGCUUCAAAGCACCUAAACCGACUAUGGAUCAGACAUCUUAUGCACUUUUCAUUUGUUAAUAUGAUAAUGACUUCAAUAAUACUCAAGACUGUAUCACACAAAAAAAUUGCCUCUGUGUCUGAGAUAAAAAAAGAACAAUAACGGGCAACCUGGUCUCACAGAAUUACCUUCCAGUACCUAAUUUUUUUGCAUAAAGUUUUUUUGCCAUACGUUUUUUGUCAUACGUAUCGCAGCAGUUUCCUGGUGAAAUGAACAUGAGGUGCUACAACAACAGCUUUUAUUCACUUUCACACAAUUCACACCAGUAAAAUGGUAGAUUAUCAAUUCCUGAACACUUACUUUUCGCCCUGUUCCUCACACAAACGUACGACUUCAAAACACAUACUAUAGAGCUUAACUGACCUUUCGCUAAGCCCCGCCUUAAAGGUGCUUCUCACCAAUCCUGUUUUAGCAGCUGGCCCUGCCACCAUUACUCUAAUAUGCAUUUGCUAUUUUCCAAUGAUAGCCUAUGGAAGUAAUGUGUGUGUGUACUUUUAAGUGGGAUUUUAUAAAAAAUUAUCAAAAAAUUUAAAACACGUUGUUGCCGGCAAAGGUGUAGCAGCCGCACGUUACCCCACACUCUUUAAAAAGGUGAGUUUUGUCCCCCGCACUUUUCCAACUAAACACAUACAGUCCAAAUGGUGGAUUUGUACACAGUAUUCUUUGCAUUUUGUUACUUUGGGCUGAUUGAGCAACCAUCCAGCCAAUCACAGGAGAGUUUCAUGAGCCGAAACAUCCCUUACGGAAUAAUCCGUCAGUCAGAUCAACGCGGUUCCGUUCAUUUCUACAGUUGCUGUCAACAAUACUCAUUUAUCCAUGUUUUUUAUCCGCAUUGACGUUGAUCUAAAUGAAUAAUCUAGAGAUGAGGAGUUAUUAGCAUAUCGUUCUUGAUUGGCAGCAUUAUGUGAAAUGCACUGCAGAAAAAAGGACAAUCCUUCUUUUAAGCACACAUUGUAAGUGUAGUUUAUCAUGAGUCGUCAUUAAGUUAUGAUUUUUACAGUAUGUUUGUGGGGUAAUAGUUUGAUCGGUUGUUUUUGCCAAUUUAAGCAGAUUACUAGAUCUGUGUUAAAUAUAUAAAACUAUUUUUAAUAUCAGCUCCUGUUUUUUACCUCUAUAUUGGUGUGCAGUCAACAAACUGUAGGAAAAAAGAUAGAUCUGCUGUGUUCUUCACAUUUUACUGAAGUGAAAAGAUAUGUAGACACUUUUAUAUACAUGAAAACAUAUGGACAUUAUUGAAACUCAUAAUUAUUAUAAGACUGUUAUUGUUGUCUUUUGAUAAAAGUCAUGCUCAGCAGCUCACAAACUGUAGGGAAAUUAUAGAUUUGCUUUGUACUUGUGCUUCUUUUGUUCUAAUGCUUAAAAAAACUUCUACUAAAGUCUCUUUGUAUGUCUGUAGGCAUACAAAUAUUAAAGGAUUAAAAUGUUAUUUUGAUCAUUGAUUCAGUGACUAACUCAUUUCACACAAGACACUCAUUUGUCACCACAUUAAUGCAUCACCAGAAAUAGUCACCGAAUCAUUACAUGGAUCUAUAAUAUCAGAUCUAUAAACAGUUCACAGCAUCAAAAAGAGUGUGUUAGGAGGCGGAGCUUAACGAGGAGUCCGUUUGUAAAGUAGCUCACAAAGGAACAAGAUACAAGUCCUGAAAAUCAUGCAAAUUUUGACACAAGCCAAAAGUAUCUUAGAAAUGCCACAAAAUUACAUUUAUGCUUUAGCAAUUGCUUUUUUCUUUUCAUCUCACAUUUGCUUUUUAUGACACUUUAGGUUAGAAUUCGGUUUAGGUUAAGGAGGAAGGUUUUGUUGAUUUAAAACUCUAAAGUUGAGUUCUAAAUGUGUCCCUUUUAGCACCAGUCAGUAGACAUUUCACCUUGGAUCUGCCACAAUACACGUUAUGAACCACGUAAUGCCAUUUUGUAAAAAUAUCACCAGUCACGUAAUUUUCAUGAGAUCAGGUUGACAAUGGAAAUAGUAAUCCUCUUUCUUUUUUUUUUUGGACAAUCUCAGCCCCAUUUUAUGGGUAGGGCACAAAUCGUGCCAUAUAUGAAUGAGGGUUUCUGAGGAAUGCUGGAGUUUUUUGUAGGUUAUCUUAUUUUUCUGAGGGGCUCAGACUGAGACAGAGAUUUUUCAUAAUGGUUCAAACAGGUAUUCAAAUGUCCAUGUAUUUAAUCUUGUUUAAUCUACAGUGAGCCACAUUAUGAACUUUCCACAGUCUGCUCUUAGCUUCAUAUGAAUUAAAUUCACCGUGGGACGGCUUCUGUUUAAAUGUCUGCAGAAUGUUCUGGAGAAGGCUUUUUUUCUUCAGUUUAGUAUAAUUUGUAGCAUUAUGAAAGCCAUUAUUGGUUCAGUUUCACAUUACAUUAGCAACGCUGUUUAUAUCUGUUGCCUAUGAUAUGAACACAUUUAGUAAAUGAUCAGGUGGUUCUAAAUGUGCACACAAGCAGCGACCACAUCAUGUGGUCGUUGGAAAGACCCUGAACUAAGUAUUACAGUCAUUAACCAACAGUGUUUUCAAGUUAAAUUAAACCGUUUG